CAAGAAUACGCAGUUUCCUUCCACACGAGAACAUGCUUCUGUGGCCUUGACACAACUCCAGCACCCUCGACGGGCUGCAACCUUCCAACUUGCGACCAUGGUGUCUCUGUGGCCCUUCAGGUCCCAAGAGGAUGCUGCCUCCUUCGAGAAAACGCUCUCUACUCUUACCGCGAAGCUCUCGAGGGCCGCUGCAAGAAAUGACAAUCUCCGACAGAGAUCCCGACGCGUGCGCGUCAUGUGGACGCUGUACGCCGGCUUCGCCUACAUACUGGCUGCACUGCUUCUGACUCUGGUUACCGGAUGGCGCAACUGGGGUGCAACCGAGAUAUCUGUUGUCGCCGGUGGACCCGUGCUGAUAUACAUUGUCCGCACAUCAUUGACUACCUACUACGACUACCGCAUCUCAAGCACCGAAGCCUACCUCAAGACGCUUACCAAGGAGCGAGACGCAACUAUCGAGAGACUGAAGGAAGCUACCAAAUACAACUCCACACAACAACUCCUCGAGAAGUAUAGCACUCCUCCGAAGCCGAAAGGGUCGGAGCCUCCGUCUUCACGCCGGAAGUCUCAAGGCCCUCAGAAACCCGCCCAACCUCAAGGACAAGGACAGCGCACAGGUAUUGCUCCUCCAGCAACAGCAAACAUUCCGCGACCGGCGAACCAGCGACCUAUCACUCCUCAGCGGCCAGCCUCGGCUGAUUCUCCCCAAGGUCCUUUCCAACCCCCGGGCCUGCCUCCACCAGACGCUCCGGCAGCCGAAUUUGCGCCUAAUGCAUUCACACCCGCGGAACUUACAAGGCAAUACUCGUCCUCUGCUGCAGCAACAUAUACGCAAUCCCACUGGUACGACCGGAUCCUUGACGCUCUUCUCGGAGAAGAUGAGACCCAGCCGAAGAAUCGCCUAGCUUUGAUCUGUAAUGAAUGCAGACUCGUUAAUGGACAAGCUCCUCCAGGGACCCGGGCCCUUGAAGAUGUCGGUUGGUGGAGGUGCAGCGGCUGUGGUGCGUGGAAUGGCAAAGAGAAGGUCCAGGAGGAUGCAGUGGCCGACCUCGUGAAAGGCUGGGAAACAGAGAGAAAAUCCAAGGCUAAAGAUCUUGGUGGCAGUACCGAUGGCGGGGUCGAUUCCGACAAUCGAGAGACUGAAGAUGAUGCCGGGUUGGUGGCUGGGACGGAUGAGGGUUCUGGGGUGGAUGUGGCGGAGGAGUCCGUGGAUGAGACACCGCCACCAUCGAAAUCUACGAGAAGCAAGACCAAGGGUAAGGGGAAGAAAUAGGGCAUAGAAAUGCCUUGCGAUUAUCGGUUUCAUCUCGAACCACCGUCGGUGUAAGGACGUCGGAAUCAAGGACAGCUCAAGGCCUCGAAAGCCUUCGAAGUCCACUGUGUCCAAGUGAACUCAUCAUUAAUUCUUAAGUUAGCAUGUAGCAAUGCUCGAAUAUCGAUCAAUAUCCUUGC